CCAUGUUCCGGUGCGUGUUACGGCGUGUGUCGCCUUCUUUCCUUCCGCAGCAGCCGCUCACCGCCGUCCCGUACCCAUCCUUGACUGGGAAGGUUCGUACGGAACCGCUCUCGUUCGUCACUUGCUCUACGACCCGUCGGCCUGUAAGCGGGAAGAUGGCGGCCCCUGGCCAGGCGGAGGAAUUCUCGGCUAGAGAAUGGAAAGAUGGCGAAGCUCACGAGGUGUUGCCGAAGGUGUUUUUGGGCUCAAUGGAGGCGGCGAAGGACAAAGAGAGCCUCAAGGCCCACGGCGUUACGCACGUUCUAACGGUUAACGGCAAGGAGCCGGCGUUCAAAGACGACUUUAAAUACAAGGUAAUCAAGUUCGGUGGUGAAGACGGACCCCUUACGCCUCACUUGAGCGAAAGCCUAUCGUUCGUCGACGCCGGCGUGGCUGCCGGUGGGGUCCUGAUCCAUUGCACACACGGUACCGGGAGGAGCGCGGCGAUGGCGAUUGCCGCGGCGAUGAAAGAGAAUGGGAAAGGUACCCCAGCAGGAGUUGGCGAUUUCGCCGAGGCGUUCAGGGUUGUCAAGUUGCGGCGUCCGGGGACGGACCCCCCUAUGACUUUUCAGCAGGAGUUGGGCGAAUGGGCGAGCUCCAAAUCCGCUUAAGAUCGUCUAGGACUUGGGCGGUUCUCGGACUAAUUUUGUUGCUAUUUUAGGUGCCAAGUCGGUGGUUUCAGUGCUGUUACCUAGUUUUUUUUUGUCGGAGGCGUAGAAUGUGGGAGGCGACACCGCCCGCAGAUACAACCGGACAGUCUCCCGGAGAGCUGUGCCCCGGCUCCCGCCGAGGAUUCACGCUCGGCUCGGUUGUAUCCUGUCUGCAACAUUUUUAGCGUCCCGCGUGGGGUAGUUCGGAGUGAGGUAAACUUUGGAUGUUGUUGAAUCCCUCAGCGUGAGUCCUUCCCCAAUGUAGUGCACGUGAGGUGUUUUGUAGUGAUGAUAGAUGGCUGGGAGUAUUUUCCAUUUUUGAGGACUAGCUGACUAACGACAGACGUGAGGGUAUCGCGAGAAAACGUUAGGACAGCGUGCAGUGAAAUCAGCCUCGAGAAUCGAGGGUUGAUUCAAAUGAAUUUUGCUCAACGCACUCAUGAAGCAAAACCAGCAUCAAACUUUUCGAAAAAAUUGGAUGAGCCGCGAGCUGAACAUGCAUGUAUCCAAGACGGAUUCCCAUGUCGCUUGAACGACCUUCAAUCAAACAAUCUCUUCCCGCCUCCAUGUCCCAAUCUACCGACACUGCUCGCAAAACCAGGCCGUUCAUCGCUCUACCAACAGUCAACACGUCAUCGAAUGCCUCACCUACCAGAUACUGCUCGAAACCUAGGCCCUCCCUCGCUCUAACAACCUGUGCAGAAAUCACACAAGACACAAAUACACCGGCCUACUCCUUGUUUUCUUGACGCUCGACCGUUCCACGAGCAAUUCGCUUGUUGCACCUCUGGCCCUACAUACAUGAGGAAAAUUUCCGGGCCAAGCCACGCCAAAGCUCGCGACAAAAUUACCGUGGUCGGGAGCACCAACCCCCGCACAAAAAGUACGCAACAAAUGCACAGCAGAUGAUAUCAGGAUCAUCCCUCUGGACAUCCCAACAUACGCGUGCAGACGCCUUUUAUGUACACAGCCCCCCAACGGGCG